AUGCCCGAAGGUUACCAUUAUGAAAGGGAAGAACUAAACAAGGCUUAUAUUUUUACUAAUUACGACAAAAAUCAUAUUAGAGAUAUUAGCCAACUAGAAGACAGAGAUAAAAUCCCAGUUCAUUUUACUAAACUAAAAAAAGAUGUUGAAAGGAUUUGUUUGGAAACAACUUAUCAUCAUCGAACUGAUUUUGAUGUUCUUGUUCUUCCAUUAUGGCAAGAAAUCUUUUUGGAAGUAAUGGAUCAAGAGUUUCGAACCAGACCUCAAUUGCCUAUCGAAAAUAAAAAAAGUGUAGGAAUGAGGAUUGAUUUUUCUUUGACAAAAGUAAGCAAUCAAAUUAUUGUAGAUGCCGAAAUUACUAGUUUUGACAAUUUUGCUAAUGAAAUAAAAAGAAAGGGUCAGAGUUUUGAUUAUCAUUUUUCCCAACUAGAAGUGGAAAAACUCUAUAAUUUACUCUGUUUUCAAGAACUUAAAAAUCAAGGUGAUAAAGAAGCAAAAUAUAAUCCAGCAAGUUCAUGA